AUGGAAUACUUUAAUACGGGAGGAGGCGGAUCUGGAAAUGGUACAACUGAUCCAUAUGCAGUAAUUCCACAACAGUUCGGAACUGGUGCGCAACAACCACCACAACAGACUGUGUACCCCGAAUAUCCACAAGAAGGUGUUGUGGAUUAUGAUUCUUAUCAGCAGCAGCAGUAUAGAGCAGCCCAAGCUUCUCAACAGUCUCCAUCGAUCUAUUACCACAAUCAAUUAAAUCAAGGAAGCUACUUUCCGAUUCACUCAGCAUCUGAUCAUGAUUUUCUUGGGCCACAGCAACCGUCAGCUGGUGCAACUUCAAGCAGUGGACAGCAGACUUCUGCGCCGUAUCAAAGUAGAACUGGAGCAAACAAAGAAUUCAUGAUUCAACACCAGCCUUUGUUUGAAAACUCACUAUCUAGUAAAUACUUUAAGCAACGCCGUGGAAAUCAGUCUGGACCUCAACAAGGCCAGCAAGCCCAACAGAGUGCCCAACCACAACAGCAAAACCAGCCAGUACGUCAACAGAAUCAACAGCAGCAAACCAAUCAGCAGUCUCAUUUCAUGCACCAACAAAUGCAAGCCGUCGCACAGCAACAACAGGCUCAACAAAUGCACCAACGUAUUCACGGGGCUGCUAUCACCCCACAACAGUUUAUGGUACCACCACCAGCCAUGAUUCAAUCGCAACAAAUGCAACAAGUUCAGCAGCAACAAGCACAUCAAAUACACCAAAUGCAGCUUCACCAGCAACAGCAACAACAGCAGCAGCAACAACAUCCACGGAUGAUGCCACAGCAACAAUCUCAACAGGGUUUCCAUGCCAUUCAAUCCAAUCAUCAACAAAAUGCAGGACACCAUCAUCAGCAACAUCAUCAAAAUCAGCAUCAACAUCAGCACAAUCAAAAUCAUCCGGGCCAACAAAACAUUCCACAAAAUAGAUUUAUGUUGAGAGAUUGGCCGAUUCGAUGUGUCGUGGAAGGCAAAUAUCAGCAAGUGAUUAUGGGAGAACACGGUGCCACAAUCAGGGACAUUGCUCAGUCUUGCCAUUGUCGUGUAGACUUCAUUCAUCUCUCCAAAAAAGAAAGGAUGGUUCUUGGCAAUUCUGAUCGGAUAUUAACCAUUCACGGUUACGCUGAGCAAGCUUCAAAAGCUGUGGCUCGUAUUUUAGAUGUUAUUCAGACGGAAGCUAUCAAAGAUGAUGCCAUGGUUGGUGCUGAUGUAGUUCUCCGUUUACGAGCACACAAUCAACUCUGUGGACGUCUUAUCGGAAAAGGCGGAACUUCGAUCAAGGAUAUCAUGCAAAAGACGGGAACCAAUAUCACCGUUUCCAAGCACGUUGAUCCACCAGGAGGCUAUCAAUCGCUCCGCCAGGACGAGAUGCUCGGCCUUUCUGAGAGAACAAUCGUCAUUCGAGGUCCAUCAAUUGAAGCUGUUGUGCAGGCAGAGUCACUUAUUUCAGCGAAACUCAAAAAGUGUUACGAAUCUGAUUCGCAUAUGAGGGUAAGUUACCGAAUCGUAAACACUUCCUUAAACAAUCAGGGUAUGCCGAUGGCACCGAUGAUGAUGCCACCAAUUCCACCACAGGUAGCUGGAAUGAUCCCAGGAGCUCCACAAUUGUUCCCUACACCGGCUGGAGUGGUGCAAAUCCAACACUUCCCUCGUCCACCACAUCAGCAAUUGACUCAAAACAACGCUUUCCUCGCAUCAGGUGUUCUUCAAAUCGCUCCGGGCGUCACAAAUCUUCGUCAUGUUCGAAUGUGGGUACCGGACAACAUGAUAGGAGCGCUUAUCGGCGCGAAAGGUAAAAAUAUCAAAAUGAUUAUUCGCGAUACUGGUGCGGCUGUGAAAAUCGAGGCUCCGGAAGAGAAAGUUCAACGAGAAGCAGUAGAAGCGGAGAAGAAGAAAAAGAAAUCUGAAGAUGCCGACACCGAGGAACGCGAUGGAGCUGCUUCUGGCGAUCACCCACAAGAGUUUCUGGAUGAUAAUGGUACAGUUACAUCUUCAGAUGCUAUUGAGGAGAAGCCAAAGCCGAUCAAUGAACGCAUGGUCACCAUUACUGGCGACGAUUACCAACUGCUCAAGGCUCAGUCUUUUGUUUUCACUAAAAUCUCUGAAACGACUGCAUCCCAGCCAGUGAACACUGUCGAUGGAGGUCCAUACAAUGUGAAAUUGCGUACAGAAGUUUGUGUUCCGACAAAGAUAAUUGGCAGAAUUAUCGGUAAAGGAGGACAGAAUGUUCGCGAACUGCAAAGAAUUACUGGCGCUUGUGUCAAGAUCCCAGAGGAGGAACGCAACGGUGGAUCCUCGUUCACAAAUGACGAUGGUUUUGUGGAAGAGAUGACUUUGAUUCGCAUAACAGGAACUAUGAGUUCAACACACAACGUGCAAUUCCGUCUUGCUCAUCUUAUCAGCGAAUACUAUCGAGCCGGAGAGACUCGUCCAAAAUCGUCAGAGCACAAAGGAGCACGACCUCAGUCUGGGUCAGGAAAAGAAGGGGGCGGGCUUGACAACAUGGAUCAAUUGGGACAAGUUCCACCAAUAGCGACUAAUCGGUCUUCUCCGAAAUCUAGAUCAACAUCGAAAUCCAAGUCACCAUAG